AUGGUCAUGGAAGUGGUCUCCCUGGACGCCGGAGGCCUCCGGACGCUGCUGAGGGAGCGCGCGGCGCAGUGCCUGCUGUUGGACUGUCGCUCCUUCUUCGCUUUCAACGCCGGCCACAUCGCCGGCUCGGUCAACGUGCGUUUCAGCACCAUCGUGCGUCGGCGGGCCAAGGGUGCCAUGGGUCUGGAGCACAUCGUGCCCAACGCCGAGCUGCGCGGCCGCCUGCUGGCCGGCGCCUACCACGCCGUGGUGCUGCUGGACGAGCGCAGCGCCGCGCUGGACUGCGCCAAGCGCGACGGCACCCUGGCCCUGGCCGCCGGAGCGCUCUGCCGCGAGGCGCGAGGCGCGCAAAUCUUUUUGCUCAAAGGAGGAUAUGAAGCUUUCUCUGCUUCCUACCCGGAGCUGUGCAGCAAACAGUCGACCCCCAUGGGGCUCAGCCUUCCCCUGAGUACUAGUGUCCCUGACAGCGCCGAAUCGGGGUGCAGUUCCUGCAGCACCCCACUCUACGAUCAGGGUGGCCCAGUGGAGAUCCUGCCUUUUCUGUACCUGGGCAGCGCCUAUCAUGCUUCCCGCAAGGACAUGCUGGAUGCCUUGGGCAUCACUGCCUUGAUCAACGUCUCUGCGAACUGUCCCAACCAUUUCGAGGGUCACUACCAGUACAAGAGCAUCCCCGUGGAGGACAACCACAAGGCGGACAUCAGCUCCUGGUUCAAUGAGGCAAUUGAUUUCAUAGACUCCAUCAAGAAUGCCGGUGGAAGGGUGUUUGUGCACUGCCAGGCGGGCAUUUCCCGAUCGGCCACCAUCUGCCUCGCUUACCUCAUGAGGACUAAUCGAGUCAAGCUAGAUGAGGCCUUUGAGUUUGUGAAGCAGAGGAGAAGCAUCAUCUCCCCCAACUUCAGCUUCAUGGGCCAGCUGCUGCAGUUUGAGUCCCAGGUCCUGGCCCCCCACUGCUCGGCAGAGGCGGGGAGCCCCGCCAUGGCUGUGCUUGACUGCAGUGCCUCCACCACCACCGUCUUCAACUUCCCGGUCUCCAUUCCGGUCCACCCCACGAACAGUGCACUGAGCUACCUUCAGAGCCCCAUCACGACCUCUCCCAGCUGCUGA